AUGCGUCUAGUGACAAAUUCGAUAUUACUUAUCUGUUUUACAGCACUUUUCGCUCAAUCGACUGCGAACUCUUCUUUUCCUGUUCAACUCUCGAUUAUUCAGGAAAAACAAUUUUUACCCUAUGAAAUUUCUACUUACACACAGCAUGUCAACAUUGAAAUCAAGACAGGAAACCAUCCUGGAACUCAAUCAAAACUACCGCGUGAAUUAUACAUUGUGCUCGAUUCAUCGGGUAGUAUGGCCAGUGCAGAUAAAUGGAACAAUGCCAUCUCAGCCAUUGAACAUAUUAUAAAAAGUAUGAAUACUAAUGAUAAGCUACACAUGAUCCAUUAUAAUUCAAUUUCAUCUGUUGUAUUCGAAAAUGCUGAUAAUCAACAAACUAUGUUAAACAUUUUACAUAAUUUGCAUCCUGGUGGUGGUACAAAUUUACAAGCUGGUUUUGAUCAAUUGAUGCCACUGUUGAAAAAGUAUGCUGAUCGAUCGACGGUGAAACGAGUUUUUAUUUUAUCUGAUGGUCAAAUUAAUGAAGGGGUAACUGAUCAUAACCUUCUGUUAAAAGAAAUCACAACUAUCAAGAACACUUAUGGUGUAACUAUUUGUUCAUUUGGUAUUGGAUACGAUUUCGAUGAAAAAUUAAUGACGAAUAUUGCUGAUUACGGUUCAGGUGAUUAUUUCUUUAUCAAAGGUGCUGAAAGUAUGGAAAGAGUUGUUGGUAUAGCCUAUCAUGGCUUUCAAAAUCUUAUGGGUAUUGAUGCUUAUGUGAAAGUCAUAAGUAAAUAUGAUACAAAGAUUACUGAUGUAUAUGGAUAUGAAAUGACAGAUAAGGAAGAACAGAUAAUUCCGAUAGGAAAUCUUCGUUACAACGAUAUGAUGAACAUUCUUCUGGAAACACAAGUGAAAAUAACCGAUGAAUUACUGACGAAAUCUGAAAUUGAUUACAUUAUUGUCGAACUAUGGAUGGUUGACGCUACCGAUCGAUUACUGAAACUAGUCUCUACAGAAAAACUACAUUUAUCGUUUAGUCGAGAUGAAAAAGAAUUCAAUAAAUUAAAUGAAAUUAUACAAUAUUUAAUUGAAUUGCAAAAAAUCCAACGGCAGCAAGAAGAAAUAACAAGAUUAUUGCGUGAACGACGUGUCGAUGAUGCGCAUCAACUAUUACAAUCACUUCUCAUCACGAUGAAUACGCUGGAAGAUAAAAUAGCUCUGGAUACGCAAACGAUGCAUGAUGAUGAUGAACGAGUCUCAUUAAUGUUUGUUCAAAGUGUAGUAUCAGCUAUAAAAAGAAGAAUUAUGGAUGUGGAAACUAGUAUGACAUCAGAAUCAGAAAAUAUCGGCGACCUAGCGAUGUUAUCUGGUUAUACUACAAAACUGAGCCAAAAAUAUACGAAAUCUCACCUAGAUUUGUAA